CAAUGUGGUCCCCUCAUAGGAUAAGAGAGAGAGGGGAUAAGAAAAUCCAAUCCGUAGGCUACUGGCUCAUGCCAAUUUCUUCACCAAAACUAAAGCCAUGAACACCACCACCACAGCAAUGUCCUUCGCAAAACCAUUCACCACCACCUCCUCUCAGAUUCCCACAACUACCCAACACCACCACCGCCAUCUCCGACCGCUCACACUUGCCCGCAUCAAAUGCAAAAGCAGCAGCAGCAGCAGUGACAGCAACAUCACCACCAGCAACAGCAGCGGAAAUGCGUCGCCGCCAGUGCCACCGCCCCCACCGUCGCCAGAGCAGGUCCUGUUCCGGCGAGGGAGGAGGAGGUCGAGAAAGGAGAAAGAAGAUGCGGUGGUCGCCACCGGGCAGCCCAAGAAGGUGGAGAAAAAGGACUGGGAUUCCAUGACUAUGUCAGAGAAGGCUAUAGAGCUGUACGUGGGGGAGAAGGGCAUCUUGUUUUGGCUCAACAAGUUGGCCUAUGCUUCCAUCUACGUCAUGAUUGGAGGUUGGAUUCUGUUCCGGUUCGUGGGUCCAGCCCUCAACCUCUACCAGCUUGACUCUGCUCCUCUGCCUCCAACUGCCAUGUUGAAGGGCUCAUGAUUGAGAUACUGAUACUACUAGUUAAGUAAACAAUUCGCCUGUUUUUUUUUUCACUUUAUGUUUCUUCUGUAUUCUAGCUGCCAUGACCAAUAUUAGUACCUGUUUUGGGGUUGGAAAUGAAUCAAAUGAUCAAACACGAGUUCCCACGUACGCAAA